AUGGAAGAGAUAAGUGGUCAUGACAUCCUUGGUCCUCCACCUGAGCCUGCACGGCUGCACCAAGGAACCUACGUACGUGUUAAAGUUUCCGAUAGAAACCUCACCACUUCUUCUAGGCGCUCGCCAAUCUAUUAUUAUGUCAAGGGUGCUGAAUCAUGGGGACCAGUAUCUGGCGAAACUAUCUUGAUUCCUUCUCUUAAGGUGCCUAUGGAGAUACUAAAGGAGAUAGGAAUGAUAGGAGCAUCCCAUGGUUGGGUAGCAACUAUGAAAAACGGAGUCGUGUGUCUUCAAGAUGACCUACAUCUCCUCCAUGCACCUCCGGAUACAAAACCAAAACACAUCCCCCUGCCUCCUCUUGUAACUCUGCCUCAUUGCCAAACCCAAGUGGUAACCAACGUAGCUAUGUCAUCUCCUUCUCCAGAGGAUGAAGACUGCAUCCUUGCUGUCAAGUUCUUGGGACCUCAGCUAAGCUUGUGCAGACCUGCUCAGAAAGAUUGCAAGUGGAGCGACAUCGGAAUCACAGACCCCAGCUUCUUCUCCUCCCAUGUAAUGUACUCAAAGAGAGAUGAGAUGUUCUCCAUGCCUGCUUCUAGAGGCCACUACACGGGAUCGUGGGAUCUUGGGAGACACGUGAAGGAACCAAAGAUUCAGAUGCUGCGGCUUCGCAUUGAAGAUUCAUUUCCGGAAAUGACAGAGAAAGAGCGGCAGAGAUUAGAGUCUUGUUUAUGUGGCACAUGCCACACCCCACUCCAAGGUGGGUCCGCCCCGUUACACACUGAUGAGACUUUUAUGGUGAAGUGGUACACAGAAAGUCGUCCCAUUGCCAAGAAUACUUUGGAUUUAUGGGACCAUUUCCUUGUGUUGAGGAUAGACAAGGAAGGAAAUGCUGUUUACACCUAG